GUCGUUUGCACUGCUCGUAUGACUUCUUGGCGUUCCUUGCAAAUUUAGGGAAGUCGCCUUCUGUUUCCCGUCGCAUGCAUGGAGCUCAUAGGGUUUGGUUGCGAAGUUGAGCUUUCACAUUUAUUUUGCAACCCUCCGGAUCCUUGUUUCCAAAUUCUCACAAUCCGCAAGAAGACUUCUCCGAAAUCCCUCCCUUAGCAAAGAAACAAACACACCGGUAUAAAAACGACGACAAUGACCUCCACCAUGAGCCCCCAAGAGCAACGCACUACUACUGAUCUGGAGCCCAUUUCCAGCGCGGGCGAAGACUUUCACGAUGACGUGAUGAGUACUGUCAGUGGCAAUAACAUGGAUGCUUCAACUCGUGGCAAGGCGGCGAUCUACGAACUGAAUGUGGCCAAGAAGGAAGACAAGUGGGUCUGGCGUCUUCGUGUUCUCACGGCGUUGCUGUUGAUCUCUGUAGCGAUUUCCAUUUGUCUCGUGAUCUACUUUACGGGUCGUCAAAGUGAGACCAAGGCGUUUGAACAAGAUUUUGAAUCGUUGGGCGAAAAGCUCGUGUCGUCGUUCCAGCAAAAGGUCAUUCAGAGCUUUCAAGUCCUCGAAAGUUUCAACGACGGAAUCACGGCCGAAGCCAAUGGGACGUGGCCGUUUGUGACACCGCCCCACUUUAGUGAGCGCAUGGAACGCGUGGCCAAGAUUUCGCAGUUCAUGGUCAUUCACUUGAUGAUUAUCGUCACGAGGGAACAUCUGCAAGAAUGGAACAACUACUCCGUGGAGAGCAGGGAUUGGAGACUCACAGGAAUGGCACGGGAGCGUGGUCUCCCCAUCGAGCAAGUCAAUGAAACCAUUGAAUGGUUCCCCGAGUACUUGUACAAUCCGUAUACCCAAGAAGGAGUCAACCUGCCCACCGAAGAAACCAACCCGGAUGGCCCGUAUGCUCCCAUUUGGAUCACCUAUCCCGUCUCGGACUAUCCCAUUGCAAACUUGGAUCUACUGGCCGAUUGGGAACACAUUGUGCCGCUCGAAAAGAUGAUUGCUACGGGGAAACCCAUCUUUGAGUUCACAUACGACUAUAUGGGACACAUGGAACGUGAUAUUCGUUGGGAACUCAUCCAGGGGAAUCCAUUUGUCGACUAUCAAGAUGAUCCACAUUCCACUGUCGUUGUUCCGGUCUUUGACGGCUUUGGUGAUGACCGAAAAGUAGCUGCCAACCUGAUGGUGUACAUCUAUUGGAGAGCCUACUUUAACAAUCUUUUGCCACCAGGAGCCGAUGGAAUCAUUAUCGUUCUCGAAAACACGUGCAAUCAAACGUAUACCUAUCGGGUCGAUGGGUCCGACUCCUUCUGGCUAGGACGUGGAGACCUCCAUGACAGCAAGUACGAUUACCUCGAAGCUUCCACAAACAUUAAUGUACUGGCUGGAGGAGAUGCGGCCGGAACCACUGACUUUAUCGACGACACCGAGAGCGACUUUGCCUACUAUGACUGCUACUACAACAUUCGGGUCUACCCUUCCCAAGCCUUUGAAGACAGUCAUCGCUCCAGCAGUCCCUGGGUUUUCGCUCUCAUUAUUGCAGCAUUGUUCUUCUUCACCACGACUGUCUUUGUCACCUAUGCCUACAUGGUGGAACGCCGCCAACAAAAGGUCCUCGAGAGUGCGGUGCAAUCGGGAAAGCUCGUUUCAACCCUCUUCCCGGAAGAAGUUCGAAAGCAACUCUACAAGGAACAAAUCGAACAAGACAACAAGGCUUCUCAAAAGCAGCCAAGCACGUGGGACUUUGUCCCACGUGGCUCGUCGAAUGUCGAUCUCGAGGGUGGCCGUGGUGCCUUGGAGCCAAAGGCAGCCAUUGCCGCCCUCUACCCAAGUGUCACCAUCUUCUUUGCGGAUCUAGUCGGCUUUACCAAAUGGUCCGCCAACAGGACUCCUCAAGAGGUCUUUCAGUUGCUCGAAACCAUCUACGGUGGAUUUGACAAAAUUGCCAAGCGUCGUCACGUGUUCAAGGUUGAAACGGUGGGAGACUGCUACGUUGCCGCAGUGGGAUUACCAGAGCCUGAAGAAAAUCACGCUGUCAUCAUGUGUAAAUUUGCCUCCGAUUGCCUACGAAUGUUGGAUUCGUUGGUGAUCACCCUGGCUGAAACGCUUGGGGAAGACACCGCCAAUUUGUCAAUGCGAGUUGGGCUCCACUCGGGCCCUGUCACUGCAGGUGUGCUUCGCGGCGAGAAAUCGAGAUUUCAGCUGUUUGGAGAUACAGUGAACACAGCCAGUCGCAUGGAAAGCACCGGAAUCCAGGGUCGCAUCCAAGUCUCUGAGGCCACUGCCAAUCAGUUGAUAGCACGAGGCCGAAAGGGUUGGUUGAAACCACGAGAGGACACCAUCGUGGCAAAAGGAAAGGGAGAAAUGCAAUCGUACUUUGUUCAGAUUGCACCAUCGUCCUCGGCAAAUGACACAGAGUCGAUUGAUGAUGCAGAAUUUGAAGAUCUUUGAUUCUGAUAUCCCUCCAUGGGGGUUUUCCGGGCGUGCCCUCCAGACAAUGCUUCUCUUAACUAAGUUACACACCUUCAAUAUACAUGUAAAAUGCACCAUGAGUACCAAUCAAAAAAGCCU